UCUCAUGCGCCUUCUCGUAUCGUUGGGGGAAAGGGAGCCGAGGCGGAAUCCCAUUCCGUGUGUUGCGAUCUCAAAGCCUGCCGCUGACAGCCAGGGGAGGUCGUGGACUCGCACUGUCUCACCAGGCCCCGCUCUUGUCACAGUCCUGCGGUCGAUUCUUUUGUUUGACGCGAGUCGCCCGUUUUGUUUCUGGAUUUUGUUUUAUCGUAUUGUUAUUUAAUCUUGUUUCGUUGGUAGAAUUUUAAAAAGUAGCCCACAGACGAUGACAAUCGGAUUUCUUUUUUUUCUGCUGAUAAUUCUUUGCACAGCGUCGCUGGAAGAAGUCUGGACGCACACAAUAUCGCCAUGGCAAAUACUACGGGUGUGUAAGAGGAAAACACUGUCGCUUUGAACCAGCCAGCAGGUGUGAGCUUUCACGCACGGAUUUGAAUGGACAUUUCGGUCCCCGUGUUCUUUCCCCCCCGAAGCGCAGUGUUUUUUGCCAUGAAUAACUCCCUGGAGAACACCAUCUCGUUCGAGGAGUACGUGCGUCUGAAGGCGCGCAGCGUGCCGCAGCACCGCAUGAAGGAGUUCCUGGAGUCGCUGGCCAGCAAGGGUCCCGAGGCACUGCAGGAGUUCCAGCCUACAACCACCUCCGCUGCCACUACCAUGGUGUACCAGCAGGGGGCCAACUGCAUCUACACAGACAGCACCGAGGUGGCAGGGUCGCUGCUGGAGCUGGCAUGCCCGGUGCAGGUCCAGGUACAGCAGUCCCCUCAGCAGCAGGUAAAUGCCUCUCAGCUCUCCCCCCAGCACCAGACCUCCGAGCAGCAGCAGCAGCAGCAGCAGAUCCAGGUGCAGAUCCAGGGGCAGAUCCAGGGGCAGCAGGGGGUGAGCCAGGCCCUGCAGAACAGCAGCCCCACUCAGCAGCAGCAGCAGCAGCAGCAGCAGCAGCAGCAGCAGAUCCUCUCCAACUCCCAGCUCCAAGCCGUCGCCGCUGCAGCCCAGCAGCUCGCAGUGCAGCACGGGGAGAUCACAGAGGAGCAGCUGCAGCAGCACCAGCAGAUCCAAGCACAGCUGGUAGCAGCAGCGGCGGCGAGUGGACAGCAGAUCCAGAUCCAAACAGUAGGGGCGCUGUCUCCCCAGCAGCAGCAGCAGCAGCAGCAGCACUCUCCGAGGGACGGGGAGAGGAGGGGGAGCUCUGGCGGGGUCCUGCAGCCGGCCAAGAAGCGCAAAGUGGACAUGCCCAUCACGGUGUCCUAUGCCAUCUCGGGCCAGCCUGUGACCACAGUGCUGGCCAUCCCGCAGGGCCAGCAGCAGAGCUACCUGUCCCUACGGCCGGACCUGCUGACAGUGGACAGCGGCCACCUGUACAGCGCCACCGGCACCAUCACCAGCCCCACCGGAGAGACCUGGACCAUCCCUGUGUACUCGGCCCAGACCAGGGGGGAUCUGCAGCAGCAGAACAUCACCCACAUCGCCAUCCCGCAGGAUGCCUACGGGGCCGUGCACGUGGCCGGCUCGCCCACGGCCAUCAAGCUGGAGGAGGACAAGGACAAGAUGGGCGGGGUGGGGGUGGUUUCAGGGAAGGGCGUGGGCUCCUCUCAGGUGGUGUCCACAUCAGCCCACGACGAGGUGGUGCAGACGCUCUUCCCGGCGCAGUUCAUGAACGGCAAUAUCCACAUUCCGGUGGCUGUGCAGGCCGUGGCGGGGGCUUAUCCCAACACCACGCAGUCCGUCCACAUAUGGGACCCGCAGCAGCAGCAGCAGGUUCAGCAGCAGGUUCAGCAGCAGCAGCAGCAGGCUGGGUCUGCACAAGAGCAGCAGCACCAGCUACAGGUGCAGACGGUGCAGGUUGCUGAGGUCGACUCCCAAGCCCAAGCUCCUCCAGAGAUGCUGCUCCCCAACUCCUUAAAGCCAGAGGAGGGGCUGGAUGUGUGGAAGAACUGGGCCCAGGCCAAGAACUGCAACCUGGAGAAGGAGUCUCAGAUGAAGCUGGCUCCCAUCGGCAGACGCCAGCCCCUGCGUUUCCAGGAAGAUCUGAUCUCCUCAGCGGUGGCCGAGCUGAACUUCGGGCUCUGUCUGAUGACACGGGAGGCUCGCAAUCUGGAGGGAGAGCCCUUCGAGUCGGAUGUGAUGUACUACGUCUUCCUCUGCAUACAGAAGUACCUGUUUGAGAACGGCAGGGUGGACGAUAUCUUCUCAGAUCCGUACUACUCCAAGUUCUCCCAGUGGCUACACGAGGUACUGAAGGACUGGCAGCCCCGCAUUCACCCACUCGGUUACAUGAUCCCCAGUCACGUGACGGAGGAGAUGCUGUGGGAGUGUAAACAGCUGGGUGCUCACUCCCCUGCCACGCUGCUCACCACACUCAUGUUCUUCAACACAAAGUACUUUCUGUUGAAGACAGUGGAUCAGCACAUGAAGGUGGCUUUCUCCAAGGUGCUGCGGCACACCAAGAAGAAUCCCUCCAACCCCAAGGACAAGAGCACCAGCAUCCGCUACCUCAAGGGGGCGGGCAUGCACCACGUCGGGCAGAAAGUGACGGAUGACAUGUAUGCAGAGCAGGCAGAGAACCCAGAGAACCCGCUGCGCUGCCCAAUCAAACUCUACGACUUCUACCUCUUUAAAUGCCCCUUCUCUCUCAGCCCGCAGAGUGUAAAGGGGCGCAAUGACACGUUCUACUUGACCCCUGAACCCGUGGUGGCGCCCAACAGCCCGAUCUGGUACUCGACGCAGCCAAUCAGCAGGGAGCAGCUGGAACACAUGCUGACACGCAUCCUCAUGGUGCGGGAAAUCCAGGAGGCCAUCGCCAUGGCGACGGGGAGCCUGCACUAGGGGGAGGGGUCUGUCUCCACACCCCGCCCCUUUCCCAUUGCUCAGCCAACACCCCAAACUCCUCCUCCUCUCACUGCCAAAACAACGACAAACCCACGGACUCCAGUACGAGCGAGCGAGCGAGACAGACAGUGAAGAAGAAGAAGAAAGUUGCCUGACUUUUCAGUUCUUUUUUUCUUUUCUUUUUGAAGUCGGUGUAUUUUUUUGGGAGGGGUGGGUGAGAGCCCCUUUCAGGCUUCUUAUAUUUAAAAACAAACAAAAAAUCCCCGAGGUGCAUCUUCUAGAAUAAGGAAGGGGGCCGCCAGCCAAUAUCUCUUUAUAAUAAUCAUGCUAAAGGGCCAGCAGUGUCUUUCUUUUUUCUUUUUUAUCAAAAGGGGGUUGUUGGUCUGGUUUAACUUUAUACAACAUAAAGAAACACAUGCAAACAAGGCCCCUGUCUAUGCUGUGCUGUGGGGAAUUCACCUCCUUGAACACACGUGAGGCGAGGAAGGGGAAGAGAUAUUCAAUAUAUAUAGAGAGAUAUUACAGAAAGCAAGCCACAACCCUCCUCUUAGCAGGCUGGACGAGACGCACUGCAAAGGAAAAAAAAGAGAGAGAGAGAUGGACGACACUCUGGGAGUAAAAACACACAAGGUACCUUUUAAAGGAAGUGGUGUUGAACAAAGUCGCAGGCGAACCUUUAGCAGUGGCUGUCAGGAACGUUUCCGAAAUUAUCAGCCAGAAGAGAGGAAAAGUGGGUUUUCUGUUUUUUUUGUGUUUUUUUUUUUUUUUUUUUUAAAGAUGUGUGUUAUGGAUUUUUUUUUUUUUUUAAGAUUGAAGACGAUCCCCUUCCUCGCCCGCCCCCCCCCCCCCCUUCCCCACACCUGUAAUCCCCACUCCCUGUGAACACAUCAACUUUACCAGCCAGCCAGCCAAGCAAACUGUGGACUCCACGCUGUCGGGUUGUGAGAGCUGCAUUGUAUCAUACACGCCUGUAUUAUAUAUGAUAAAAUUAAGAGACCACUCUUGUUUUUUUUUUUUCCUCUUGUAUGUAUUCGUAUUCUAGUCGUUUUAUCAAGAAUGGCAGCACGUCUUUUCAAACAUGCCUUUUGUAUAGUG